AACUUCAUCUCCCAGGAUUCCCCGUCGUGUCGCAGAUUAGCGCAUGCGCGUCGCGGCGUGCUCCAGGGCCGGCUAACAUGGCGACGUACGUGGAGAUUCUGAAGAGCGAGUUCCCGGAGAUCGACUCGGAGCUUUUCGACUACAUCACAGGUGUGUUGGACAGCGGCGGCCCAGACUUCGAGGACGGUGAGGAGGUGUUUGACGCCAUUGGUGGUGUCCUACAGGAGGUGUCAGUGGACAGAAAGAAUGAGGACGACAUCAGAGACAUCUGCUUCCAGAUGUUCAACACUCUCAAACUGAACCACCGUGGACCUCAGAAACAGAUGUUGUUGGACGCUCCUGUCCAACUGUCUCAGAUCUCCGUGGAGACAGUCUCUGCUGUCAAAGAUGUCCAAGGAAUCUGGAUGAAGCGUCCUCAGAACACAACCGUUGAUGCUAAGAAGUUGGAGAAAGCUGAGGCGAAGCUGAAAGCCAAACAUGAACGUAGGAAUGAGAAGGACUCCCAGAAACCGUCUGGUCCACUCGUCCUGGAGGAGGCGUCGGCCAGCCAGGCCAGCAGUAAGAAGGACAGUCGAGUCGACCAAUCAGGGAAGAAUCGCAGCUACGACAUUCGCAUCGACAACUUUGACGUGUCCUUCGGUGAAAGGUGUCUGCUGCAGGGGGCGGAGCUAUCUCUGGCGACGGGCCGGCGCUACGGUCUGAUUGGUCGUAACGGGCUGGGGAAGACAACGCUGCUGAAGAUGCUGGCGAGCCGCAGCCUCCGAGUCCCCGCCCACAUCUCCAUCCUCCACGUGGAGCAGGAAGUGGCCGGAGACCAGACGGUGGCGCUGCAGAGCGUCCUGGAGAGUGACACGCUGAGACAGAGCCUGCUGGACCAGGAGAGGACGCUCAACGCUCGCAUCGCCAGCGGGAAGGCUGAUGGCAUGGAGAGUGUGCUUCUGUCUGAGAUCUACGCCAAACUGGAGGAGAUCGAAGCUGACAAGGCCCCGGCUCGAGCCUCCGUCAUCCUGGCUGGUCUUGGGUUUUCUCCCAAAAUGCAACAGCAGGCCACCAAGGAGUUCUCAGGAGGCUGGAGGAUGAGGUUAGCUCUGGCCAGAGCCCUGUUUGCUAGGCCGGACCUGCUGCUGCUGGACGAGCCCACCAACAUGCUGGACGUCAGAGCCAUCCUGUGGCUGGAGAAUUAUCUGCAGACAUGGCAGUCCACCAUCUUGGUCGUGUCCCACGACAGGAACUUCCUGAACGCCGUGGUAACGGACAUCAUCCACCUGCACUCCCAACGGCUGGACAGUUACCGUGGCGACUACGAGAACUUCAUCAAGACGAAAGAAGACAGAUUAAAGAACCAGCACAGGGAGUACGAGGCCCAGAUGCAGUACAGGCAACACAUACAGGUUUUCAUCGACAGAUUUCGAUACAACGCCAACAGAGCAGCUCAGGUUCAGAGUAAAAUCAAACUCCUGGAGAAACUGCCGGAGCUGAAACCCAUUGAUAAAGAAAGUGAAGUGACGUUGAGGUUUCCUGAUAACUUCGAGAAGUUGUCUCCUCCCAUCCUCCAGCUGGAUGAAGUGGAGUUUUACUACAGUUCAGACCAGAGACUUUUCUCCGGACUCAACCUGUCGGCUGAUCUCGACUCUCGGAUCUGCAUCGUCGGUGAGAACGGAGCCGGUAAAUCCACCAUCCUCAAACUGUUGAUGGGAGAGUUGACACCUGUCAGUGGAGUCAGACAAGCUCACAGGAACCUGAAGAUCGGUUAUUUCAGCCAGCACCACGUGGACCAGCUGGACCUGAAUGUCUGCUCUGUGGAGCUACUGCUCAACAAGUUCCCUGGUCGGACGGAGGAGGAGUACCGCCACCAGCUGGGAGGCUACGGUAUCACUGGGGAGUUGGCCACAAGGCCGGUAGCAAGUCUGUCUGGAGGUCAGAAGAGUCGGGUGGCCUUCGCACAGAUGACGAUGCCAUGUCCUAACUUCUACAUCCUGGACGAGCCGACCAACCACCUGGACAUGGAGACCAUCGAGGCUCUGGCCAAAGCUCUCAACAAGUUCAAAGGCGGAGUCAUCCUGGUGUCACACGACGAGCGUCUGAUCCGAUUGGUCUGUAAGGAGCUGUGGGUUUGUGAAGCAGGAAGCGUCCGACGCAUCGACGGCGGCUUUGACGAGUACCGGGACAUCCUGCACCAGCAGUUCAAGAAGGAGGGCUACCUGUGAGGCCCCGCCCACUGCCGACUGACCACACCCACCUGUACCAUAGCCACACCCCUCUCCACGCCAUCAGCCACCAGAGCAGACCGGGAGACGCUUUCUUGUCUGGACUGUCUCGCCUGCUGCUCAGGUGACCCGCUGCGAGCUGAUUGGUCGUCUGUGGUGGACCCUGGAGGCGGAGCCAGUCAUCAUGAUGGACAUGAGAGUUAAAAGGAUCCGUUUGUUUUGUAUCAUUGAGCUUUUAUCAGUUUUAAAGCGGCAGAGCGUCAAACGUCAUCCAAAUAAAAACAUCACACCACGUG